AUGGCCUUCAUAAAUACAGCGCCCGCGCGCUCCUCCCUCUCCAAACCGCUCCUCAAUCUUCCUCAUCCGAAACCCCCAUCGCCACGACGACUCACCAUCUCCAUCAUCUUCCUAGGCAUAUCCGCCAUGAUGCUAUUCUACCUCCUCUUAAGCCUGGCGCCUGGCCUCAUCAGCUCCCGCCCCUUCCACGGCUACACAUCCCCAUGGAGCUUCGACGCCAACAGGUCGUUCCAGCCAAAAUGGAUGAGCAAGCUCCCCGACACCCUCAACAUCAGCAGCCUUAGCAUCCCGGGAACCCACGACACAAUGACCUACCACAUCGACAAGUUCUCUCUCCAGUGCCAAAACUGGGACCUGAUGUUGCAGAUGGACGCCGGCAUCCGGUACCUCGACAUCCGCGGCCGCAUCAAGGACCGCGAGCUCAUGAUCUACCACGCCGACCAGCCAACCGGCUUCUCGCUCCUCGACGUCCUAGGCACCAUUGACACCUUUCUCGCCGAGAACCCGUCCGAGUUUCUCAUCUUGCGCCUCAAGGAAGAGGGCAAGCCCCUCGGUCGUGGCCGCCUCAACGCCAUUUUUGAAGAAAUCUUCAUAAAUGUUAUUAAUACCAAGCCCGUCACCAAAGACCGCUUCUUCUUCUACACCGACUCCAGGGUGCCGCUCCCCACGCUCGGGGAGGUCCGCUCCAAGAUCUUCAUGUUCCAGGAGUUUCGGAGCAGGGAGAAUCAGUACGGCUUGCCCUGGAACAACACCCAGAUGAUCCUCGAGGACAAAUGGGUCAUCGACGGCGUUGACCACCUCCCAGAGAAGUGGGAGGCCAUCGAAACCGCUUUGAACUGGGCGAGCACAAUGCCCCUGGAUAAUCAGCACAUGUACGUGUCGCAUGUUUCUGCGUCCGUGGGCCUCUUGCCCGUUGAAGCGGCUGCGGGUCCCCUGAACCGCACCCAAGUCGGUAUGAAUGACAGGACGGGGGAGUGGUUGGAGAAGAAUCGCUAUGAGCCUAACCGGAGGGUUGGGGUGCUUAUUUUUGACUUUCCUGGUGCUAAACUCAUUGAGAAUGUUAUCAAGUGGAACAGGUUAUUGUGGAAGGGACCAUUUUAG